CAUUUUCUGCAAGAGCUGUCCUAACAAAUUCAUAGCCACACCUCUCAGAGAGAUUAUCUUGACUGACACAGAGCUAGACACUUGGACAACUACAUGUAAAGAUCUCCACAUCAGGUAAAGAUGAAGGGAAGAGUGGGCCUGGGUAUUGCUCUCAACCUGGCCUCUGCUAUUGGCAUUGUCUUCAUCAACAAGCUCAUCUACAUUCACUACAACUUCCCGAGCAUGUCGCUCACAUUGGUGCAUUUCAUUGUGACCUCACUGAGCCUUCAAAUAUUUGCUUGGAUGGACGUAUUUUCACCAAAAAGACUUUUAAUUAAAAAGAUAGUCCCUCUGUCAGCUUCGUUCUGUGGUUUCGUUGUCUUCACAAAUCUCUCCCUUCAGUACAAUACUGUUGGUACCUACCAGUUGGCCAAAGCCAUGACUACUCCAGCAAUCCUCUUCAUACAAGCCAUGUUUUAUAACAAAUCCACAACAUUCAGAAUAAAACUAACAAUAAUACCAGUUAUGCUAGGCGUGUUUCUGAACUCUUUCUAUGAUGUUCAUUUCAACAUUGAGGGUGUGGUGUUUGCUGUGCUGGGAGUCAUGGUCACCUCUCUGUAUCAAAUCCUGGUGGGAGCUAAACAGUCAGAGUUUCAAGUCAACUCAAUGCAGCUUCUUUACUAUCAGGCCCCCCUGUCCUCACUGAUGCUGGCACUUGUGGUUCCUUUCCUAGAGCCUGUGUUCUCCUCAGCCUGGAACAUGCCACUGCAAGGACAUUUGGCAGUCCUGUUGUCGGGGGUGAUAGCAGUGCUGGUGAACCUGUCCAUCUAUUGGAUAAUUGGCAAGACCUCACCCCUCACGUACAACAUGAUAGGACAUUGCAAGUUCUGUGUAACUCUCUUGGGUGGGUUCUUCCUGUUCCAGGACACCAUAACACCCAACCAACUGCUGGGCAUGCUCUCUACUAUUAGUGGGAUAACUCUCUACUCAUACAUCAAGCUGAAGGAACAAGCCAGUCAAGAGCAGACACCAAACAUAGCUCAGAAAGUAUAGCUCAUUUACCAUACAUUUUUUAGGUAAUUAUUAUUAUAAUAUUCAUGUCAACAUUUUUCAUCAUUGAUUUUUUGUUCAAAUACACAUUGUUUGAGUAUAAUUAUGUUGAUGUCA